AUAUUUAAAAACUUACAUUCUUUUUCAGUUGCCAAUAUUUGUGUCAGUAUAUCGAGGUAUAACAAGUAUGAGUAACUUACCAGUUGAGAGCAUGAAGACAGGUGGAAUGCUUUGGUUUACAGAUCUUACUGUUCCAGACCCAACCUACAUUCUCCCAGCUUGUGCCGCAUUAUCUGUACUUGCUAUGUUGGAGCUUGGAGCAGAAGCCCAGAGAACACAGGAUAUGGGUCAUAUAGCAAAGUGGGCAAUGCGUGGCAUGCCAUUUCUAGUGUUUUUGUUCACAUGUAAAUUUUCAUCAGGAAUUGCAUUUUACUGGUCAGUUAACAACUUCAUCAGUUUGGUAACAGUACUUAUAUUGAAACAACCAAGAGUCAAGAAGCUGUUUAAUAUCCCAGAUGAUGUUAUACACAAAAAAACAGAAACAAGACAGAACAAGAAAUUUAUUGGAGGAUUUCAAGAAGCCUACAACAAUAGUAAACUAGCUGCAGAGUUAGUGCAAAGACAAAGAAUUGAUGAAACGACAUUCAAAAAUGCAGGAGUUGGCCCUGUGCCAAAAACAUACCAAUAUGAUCCUACGAAAAAGAACAGCAAGAAAACAGAUAGAAUUAGAGCAGCAGCCAAGCAAUGAACUGUAUUAUAAACAAGUGCUCCACAUUUAUUUAAAUUAAUGUGUCCAGACAAUACACAUGUGCAUUCAUUUAAAGGAAUUUGUUUCAAAUUUAAGUUGAUUCCACUCAUUAAAAUAGUACAAGAAAACAAGUACAUAUAUAAUAAUGUAUGAAAGUGUGAUGAUAAAAUAUGGUUAGUGUAAACCAUAUCUUAUUGACACUGAUGACAUGACAUGUGCAAAUGGUAAAGAGAAAGUAGCCAAAACAGUAACAAAGUAAAACCUGUCACUUAUAUAAAUGGAGUACUUGUCCGGCGUGAGUGGCUACUUACUAUCCUGAUACAUGUACACUGAAUUGCGGGAUGCCUAACAAUAUUUUAACAGGUUAUUUUCAGACAGUGAGUUAUUGUGUCAAUGUCUGUAACACAUCAAAGGACUUGUUCACUUAAAUUUCAGAGAGAUUAUAGUUUUUACCAUAGGGAUAGUGGAGCCAACAUACUUAGUCUGGCAUUGUCUUUGUGUAACAUUUGGUGAAUUUUUCGAGUUGAACUUAAAGACUCUCAUUAUAAACUGAAGAUAUUCUGAUUUUGAACAACUUGCCCCACCUCUGCGGGUUAAAAUUCUGCUCGAGACUUGGGAUUUUUUCAUAGGAGAAAACUGUCAACCUAGCUUAUGGAAGGUCACUGGUUCUACUGAGGUGUCAUUGUUGUUUGCUUGAAUUAAUGCUGGGAGUGUCACCUGAGGUCUUCCUUUACUAAGAAUGGAUAAUCUCCAUAUGAGUCACUAUAGAUGUCAGUUGCCACCACUCACAGUUUUAGGAUGGAAUUGUACUGAAUAACAAAUUUUUCAACUUAAAAAAAAAAUAUAGCGUUUUACAGAUUCACAAGUUUUCUUUAUACAUCACUGGAAACAUGGCACAAGUCUUCAGGUACAUUACCUAUGUUCUUUUUCCAGUGGAUUGGAUUGGCACAAUUAAGAAUGCAUAAAAAUUUAUGCUUACUAAAAUGCUGCUAGAAUUGUUAGCUUUGAGCGACACAAAAGAAUUAUUUGAAAAGUUCUUUUUCAUUUCAAUUUUAGUUUUUAAGCUGUUAUAUGUGUAUAGAUAUGAUCUUUUACUUAAAAAUCAUGGUACACUAGUUAAUUGUUGGUAUUUUAAGUAAAUUACUAGUUAAAAUUUGCCAAUAUUAUACAACAGAUCAUGAAGGGUCAAGGUUAAAUAAUGUGUGAUCAUGUAUAGAUAAAUAAGUUUACAAUUUCUUUCGUAAUGUUUUAAUGAUGACUUGUUCAUUAUUACAGUUGUUAAGAUCAUUCUUGUAGAAUGUUAUGAAUGAUAAAAUAAAUGUUUUAUUGAAAAUAAA